CAAGAAAUGGCAUGCUGAAGUGCCACGGGGCCACGGAAGAUCUCUGGAUACCGGAUCAGACGCAGCUGCCCCCCGGCUGCUAUUUUCACUCAGCUUAAAGCACCAUGGGCAGCCAGCAUCUACACCAUGGACUACCGACAACAACCAGUCUGUCUCUGCACGCCAUGAAGUCCACCACAGAGGAACACGAGCAUCCUGCACACGAUACCCUGAGCUUGCCUUCCGACCCUGAUGAGCUCGACAGUGGCAGCGAAAGUUCGGAGAAAUCCACCGGAGCGGGGAGCCCCAUGCAGGUCCACAGGGAGGCGGGGAGACGCAGAGGGGGUCGUAGACUUGCAGGGGUGAGCAAACAACGUCAGGCAGCUAACGCUCGGGAGCGAGACCGCACACACAGCGUCAACACUGCCUUCACGGCUCUGCGUACCCUCAUCCCCACGGAGCCGGCCGACAGGAAGUUGUCAAAAAUUGAGACCCUGCGAUUGGCAUCAAGCUACAUUUCACACUUGGCCAAUGUACUUCUGCUAGGGGAGGACUGCAGGGAUGGGCAACCGUGUCUGAAAUAUCACAACAUCUUACAAAGCAACACCAACCUCAAAACUCCACCAGUCCGACCCAUCUGUACCUUCUGCUUGAGUAACCAAAGGAAAAUGCUUAGAGACGGGGAAAAGCACACAACUGCGUGACAGCAGAUGUUCUCCCAACUGACCGCUGCUACAUACGAGCUCUCAACUUCUGAAUGUUUACAUGUAAAGAGACAUUGCCUUGCAAAGAGACAAAACAUUUUUUUUUUUAUUAUUGUUUAAUCUCUGAGGACAGACAAAACGAGCAACAUGAAAAGAGACGAAUCUGCACUUUUUCUGCAUGUGUGUCCACCUUAUCAACUGUGUUUUGGUUAAUGUAACCGGAGAAUAUGUGUAAAGUUGCACCUGGUGGGAGGCUAUUUCAGUAUCAGAUAUAGUAAGCUACACCAUCCCUCGCCUUAAAAAACAGUCUUGCGUCUGCCUCCUGCACGUCACAUGAUGGCAAUUGAAACUUUGCGGUUUGCAGUGGUCGCUGUCAGUACAACGGUGGGUAAAAAUCUCAUCCCCUCCCUCUUGUCUCCACAUCUAUGCCAGGACCACAAUCCCAACAUGGCUCUCAGGAGACUGUAAACAAGAUUCUAACCUAAGCACGAUAAUUUGGGUUGGGCAAAGCAUGCUAAAUAUUUAUUAGAAAGUUCAAGUGGCACAUGACUGAAUGCUAUAGGUGGAAGUAUUUCAUAAUGAGAGCAUAAUCUUUCAUGUCUCGGGAGCUGGUGUUGGUCAAGGUACAUGAUCCCUAACACGAGCCCUGGGUUAUGACCCUGACCCCAAUUGUUCUGUAGCCUUGUCUCAAAUGCUACCCUAAAUCCUUUUGGUCUUUCUUUGAGUCCACGCUUUGGUGAGAUAAUGUUGUGUAGACUGUUGAGUAGUAGUGCUCACCAGUGCAGGCUCAGGAAAAAAGGUACAUUGAGGUCACACCGUAACAACAAAGGGCAUGCUUUUGCUUCUUAAUCAUAAAAUGCCAAAUUGUAUAUUUCACUGAAAUUGCAUGAAGGAAGGCCAUUUGAGCAUAAGUGCAACUCACGAGCGCCUACGUCAAGGCAGAAGCUUGUUGCAUUGCAUGCAUUUCAAGACUUGCUGUCGUCAAUGUUAGAGUGCAGACUUGAUGCAUCAAUUAUGCAAUCAUUUUCCACAACUCUACAGUAUGCAAUUGUAUCUCUUA